UCGGCCAAAUUCGGCCAAAUAUAUUUUGGCCGUGACUUUUCAAUCGUUACGGCCAGGCAAAUUUUUAUACGGCCAGAUUUGAGGAAUCUGGCCGUCAAAAAGGCCAAAUGGCAACCCUGAAACAGAGUGGGAAUUGACAUUUGACCUCUGUAGAACACUUUAAAGCAUAAUCCUCGUUCACAAACUGUUUUUAAAUAAUUUAAAUAUAUUUUUAAAAGAAAACAUCAUUUUAAAACAAAAUUUCUGGUAUUUUGGGCCUAAAAUUUUACAUAAUGGCAGAAAUUAUUUAAAAAUUUAUAUCCAACUAUGUAUUUCAAUCUAUUGUUGAUCAUUAUAGUCAAUUAAACCCAGAAAACAAUUGAAACUACCGUAAGUUUAAAACGAUAGAAAACUGUAUGUAAGGGCUGACAAAAGUUACCCCAUUUUAGGUGGUGCUAUGCUUUUGUACGUAACUGUGGUCCGGUGUAGGAAACACCUUGUCAACAUCAAAUGAUUUAUUACCGGACACGGAAAUAGGGAAUGGACAGUGACUUUGGGUAUGUUGCCUGAGGCUAAAUGACCAAUGAAUAAUGGAAUAAUUGAAUGAGUAGGGUGGAGCCAGAUCCCCCUACAUAUACCUAGAAUAUCCAAGGAAAAAAUAAGAAAGACACAGCAUAGAAGAAGGAACAACGUGAGACCCCGAUCGGAACUCCAGCACACAGAAGUAUAGUCCUAUAGUCGGAUAUACUUAGGAUAAAUGUGAAUUUUCUACAGAAAGCUGUUAACUGGUAGCCUUUCUGAAUUCAAAAUGAGAAAGAAUUGCUACUUUUUUGGCUUCACUAUUUUCUUGACUUGGAUCAGAAGAACAGUUUGAUUUGCUAUACCAAAUACCAAGUGCAACCCGACGAUUGCAAGUGGAAGCGAUUUUGGACAUCUUCGCUGUUUUCUUUUUGCCGUAUACUCUGAACUCUAUUUUUGUUGGACAUCUUGCAGUUAAUAUUAUUUUACUUUCUACAAGCGUACGCUGCAUUGCCGACAGUCUCACAUCAGGACAAAACGAUUAGCAAUGAAGCAAGCAAGCCAUUUUUAUGACAGGAAACACUGGGAUGUUGAGGAGGAAGAGUCGUGCUACUUGGAGAGAAAACUCCGAAAACAGACAGUUUCCGCCGUCGAUGAUGCCGUCGAUAGGGAGAAAUUGAGAAGGAUGCGGGAUGAAAGAAAUCGCCAUUUAGGUGCCAAAAGCAUGGUGCUAACAAUUAACAACGAACUCUUUCGUCUCAUAGGAUUCAAUCUUGAAGCCGAGAAAAAGAAGAUUGACUCGAUUAUGCAUGAUUGUGAAGACAACUUAGACUACAGCUUAAAUGUACUGGCAAGAAAAGCAAACGACUUUAAGUUAGUGAGGGCAGUAGAGGAUGAGCGAGAGCGCCGAGUAUCGUUGAUGAAUGCCAUGACUGACGAUAAUAAGACGGCAUCUGACAAGGAGUUCAGAAAUUAUCUGAAAUGUUUAGCGCACGUCAACAACAUUUGGGCUGCGAUUCAGAACGAGUUGAACGGUGCAAUGGGAGAUCUCGAGGUUGUUAAGGCUGAGGAGGAGCACGCACUGGACGAUCUUUACCGUGAAAUGAAAGAUGAACUUGUAUUGAACUUCAAGAGAUCUACGAACUCACUAGGAUCAUUAAUGCAAGAAGAAAACGAAAAAAGACGACGGCUUGCAGAAGCGAGGGCAUAUGCGUCUGGAAAGAAACAGAUGGACAAAACCAGUACCAAAUCCAUGCAACUCAAAGUACUUUCACACGAGGAACUUAUGAGAUUGUUUGCAGGGGUUAUUCAAGAUGAAUCUCAGAAGGAGGCAAGAGCUGUUCGGGAAUCCGAAAUACAUCAUGAUGACGUCAUGCAAAGAAUGAUUCGUCGGCAAUCUAUACAAUGGGCAGACAACGAGUGUGCACUGGAGAGAACGCGUCGCAUUCUUGAGGCUGAACGCGAAUCAAGAUCUGGUAUAGACUACGAGAAGGAAAGAAUUAGGGACGCCAUGCAAAGUAUACAGGAAAAUAUGAUCAUAGAGAAAUUUCAUGGUCAUAGGAUAGUGGUUCCUAAGCAGACUUUCCACACGUAUGACGAAGACCAAUUUGAAACAGAGCAGGAUAGAAAACUACGACAAGUACGAAUGAAAUCUCGUCGACAAUCAUGUGCAGUUGCAGGCAUGGGCUACUAAGGAGUUACCGGAUUAUUCCAAACAUUUUAAAGGAAGAUCACUAGCAAGGCGUUAAUCACACAAUGUCAUUGGAUCGUUUUGCAAUCAAUUACUGAAUAAUAUAUGAAAUAUACAAAUUAUA